AUGAAACAGGAGAGGACAUUGAUCUUCGUAUCCGACCUGCGAGGCAACUACGACAUCCUUUUGGAUUAUGUCCAGUUCUCGAAGUUCAUCAAAUGGGGCGAUGAAUUCGAGGACAAGUUAGGCGCUGUUGCAGCCGUCUCUGACUCUGCUCUUCUCAAGGUUCCCGAGAAGAGGUUGGAGUUCCGGAACGAGUGUGUCGUGGUCUUCUGCGGUGGAGUCUUUAAUAAGGGCGACGAGGAUGUACGAGUGGCGCGUGCUGUGGUCGACUUCAAGCAGAGAUAUCCCGAUCGCGUCAUCCUCCUCCUCUCUCCAGCAGAUUUCCAAGAGGUCACGGGGCACAACAAGGAGCACAGCACCAUGCACAACGGUGACAUGAACAGCUCCUGGGCUCUCUUGAGGAAGUACGCAGAGAACGGGCAGCUCAUCUACAGACACGGAAGUGUGUUGGUGGUGCAGAACUCGAUCUUUCAGCAGUUCUUCCUGCAAGAUUCACUGUCAAAGGUGUGGGAGAACUUCUUGGCCAACGUCUUCCAGGAGCAGAAAUCCGAGAUGCUCUCGAGAAAUGAAGCUACGGACCUCUCGUCUUGGAUUGACUACUUGAACAACGUCGUCUACCAUGAGAUCCUCCUCGACUUGCAAAGUAAUGAGAAAUCUGCAUGCCUGGAUGGUGUCAAGCAAGGGAUCGACAUGGGACAGGUGGGCGAGUGGAUCUGUCAGAAGGGAGGGAAGAUCGACCAGCAGAUCCUCGCCAGCUUCCGAGCCGAGGGAGUGGACACGCUAGUCGGAAAUCCCAACGCGUGCGGGCCGAGGUUUCGCAAUGGAGAUCUGGCGGGAGAUGGGCCAACGAUCAUGACGAGAGGCCUCUGCCGGGUUGUGUUUGGUUGCGUUGGAAGUCAGAUCUCUCGAUACACGAUAGGAGAAAUCGUCUUCAAACCUGAUGGAAUGCUGUCAGUUUAUGGGUUUUUUGCUUCAAAGCAAGGUUUUGCCUACAUGUUAGGACCGCCCAGACAUUCCAGCGCCUCCUGGGGUUGCUCCGAUCAUGACGAGUUUGUUGGCAAAGUGUUCAAAGAGAACAACCGAAAAUCUGAAGGGAAGGACGAUCUCAAAGGAUGGUUUGUGAAGGCUAAGCUCGUAUCCAACGAUGAGGUUCUCGAGACUAGAAGCUCGUUGUCAUUGUGUCACUCCGGAACUCGAAGCUCGACCUUGACACCCUCGUCCUCCCAUCGCUCCCUAAUGGACCUCAAGCUCCUCAAGUGCGCCUCCAUGCGCAACCUCGCUGCUGGCGUGGACUUGAACCUGAUCAACCACCCGGAGAAGAGUCAGAGGAGCGGCAUGGAGCACUGCCUCCUGCCCCGCACGCCUUCCCUUUACUGGAUCCAAAGGAGCCUUGCGCACGAGGAGGACGAAGAAGAAGAUUUCGGAUUUUGGGAGUUCGAGUACUACACGGGGCUGGACUUGAUGCAGGCUGUGGGCGGUGGACCUCAAAGGACGCAGUCUGGCUCCUGGGGAUGGGGCACCUGGAGCAACAGAACGUUUGAGCACGUGCAGCUAAACCCUGAGAGUGUGGAGAAGCGGAUCAGAGACGCUGAGAGCGCCAUGAGUCAGACUGAUGAGGCUUCCCUCCUCCCAAGGGCAUGGCAGCAGGCGAGAAAGUUCAUAGAGAGCAUGCCUGAGGAACAGGACAAGGAGUUUCUCGCGAUGCAGUUCAACAUGCUUGCCGAAGGAUUGAGCUCCGGGCCCUCAGAUCAGACUCCUUAUCCUGGGAAGGAGAACGGGUCCUGGGGAGGUUUCAGUGCCGUCCAGAACCCAGAUGUGGUUCUCAACUGGGAGUACAGAAGGUGGAGGCUGCUGGAAGUUAUCUUGACCUCUCUCCCCGACUUGCUGGGAGCUCAGGAGAUCGAUCGUUUUCCUGACUUCUUCUAUCCCAUCCUCGCGCAGUACGGAUACACAGGCCUCUACUGCGCCAAGGAGAAGUCCCCCUGCAUUCAGUUCGGCCACUACUCCGAUGGGGUGGCAGCCUUCUGGAAGGGAGAUCGAUUCACCUGUAACUGGUUCGAGCGAUCGCAGCUGCAAGCGGGCGGGCCGGUGCUUUUUGUGCUGCUCAACGAGCGAAGGGAUCCGGAAAAAGACUUUUUGAUGGUCGUGACGCAUCUCAAGUCCAAGUCGGACGAGACGAACCUCAAUGAUCCGCUUCCUCCCUCUGCCUUCGACCGCACUGACACAGAGUACACAACAUGGAAGGUGCGCGGGACAUCCCAGCACAGGCAGAACAUUGACUACAUCUUCAUGUCCGAUGGUUUCGAGCCGGUGGCCCGACUCCUCCCUCCUCCGGACGAGCUCAUGAAAGCACCGUUUCUUCCUUCUCCUCGGUACCCCUCGGACCACAUCUCCAUCGCUGCCAAGAUGAUCUACAGCUCACCCAAGCAAUCGCCACAUGUCAAUCUCUCUUAA